CGGGUCUGGCUGCGCAUGCUCAGUGCGAACCCGUUCCUGUCCCGUUUGCAGGCUGCGCCAUGGACUUCGGUAGGGCUCGGCGAGCGGUGCUUCAGCUGCUCGGCGCUACGGCUCCAGCAGAUGUCCCGGCACUGCUCCACUGGAUGAGAACUACCCAUAUGUGGGAGGAGAGUGUUACAUGCAUUUGAGUUUGGGCCCUGGUAGAAGUUCAAGGCUUGGAGCCUAGAGGUGUGGGAACUGAACUUGGAUCCAUGCAAGAACAAUAUAUGCUCUUAACCACUGAGCCAUCUUUCCAUCCACUGGGGAUUUUGAUGAAUUCACUCAAGAUAAUAAUGACAUUAUGUUGAAAAACAUAGCCGAUGACCUUCGGAGCUGUUUGCCCCAAGAGGCUGUGCUUUGCUCGGAACAGCUAGCCCUUCAAAAAAUACGACAGCAGCCAGAACCCACAGUUCACGUUGAUGCAUUCCUUUAUGAUGAAGACGUUAUUGAUUCAUUGUGUGAGGAGGGAAAAAUGAGCAGAAACUACUGCACUGCGUGUGGCUCACACCAAACAGCACCUUUGGGAUUUAUUUCUCAUUCCUUCUCACUCGAGGAGUUGAAGUUCAUUUAUCAGCAUGUACUCCCCGAUCUGUCGGGAAAGGUCUUGGUUGACAUUGGCUCCAGACUUGGCACAGUCCUUUAUGCGGGUUACCUUUACAGCUCGGCAGUGCAGCUCUAUGGAGUAGAGCUUAAUGGAGAAUUUUGCCAAUUGCAGGAAAUGGUCAUAAAAAAAUACCAGUUCGGUGACAGAAUAAAGGUGCUUCAUGCAGACAUCUGUACCCAAGGUUCACUUCUGCAAAGUGCUGAUGUCAUUGUAAUGAAUAAUGUCUUCGAAUAUUUCCUUACUGAGCCUCAACAGGCAAGUGCCUGGGACUACAUCAUCCAUAAUGUAAGAAAACAAGGAUCACUAUUACUCACAGUUCCAAGUCUCCAAGAUUCUCUCUUAGGUCUUGAGACUAAUAUGCAGCUGUCCUCCUGGGUGGAAGAGAUACCAUUGAACUUUGAUGUGUAUCCACAGAGGGACAUGGACAGAGAAACUCUUGAACAAAUUCAUUUAUAUAAGGUUCUCUAGCACUGAAGUAACCCUCUCUAGUGUAAUAUGUUAGUCCCUGUGCUUUGUAGAUUGCCUUGCAAGUUCUACAUGAUUAUAUACCUGUAAAUAGUUGAAUAUGAUUAUUCAUAUACAGUAGUUGGGGCUAUAAAUAAACUGUAAAGAUGAUUAAAAUAUUUGUCUUAAA